AUGGUGAGCCCCACGGCGUCCGACGUGCACCCCACCAUGGGGGUCAAGAUCUUCUCAGCUGGGGUGUCGGCGUGCCUGGCCGACGUGAUCACUUUCCCUCUGGACACGGCCAAAGUCCGCCUACAGAUACAAGGCGAAGGCCCCAGCACUAUUCGGUAUAAAGGCGUCCUGGGCACCAUCACCACCCUGGCAAAGACCGAAGGGCCCGUGAAACUGUACAGCGGACUCCCCGCAGGCCUGCAGAGGCAGAUCAGCUUCGCUUCGCUCCGGAUCGGCCUCUAUGACACGGUCCAGGAGUUCUACACCUCAGAGAACGAUAAUGACGUCCCCUGCCAUUUACUGUCAGCUCUUAUUGCUGGGUUUUGCACAACGCUUCUGUCCUCUCCAGUGGAUGUGGUGAAAACCAGAUUCAUUAAUUCUGCCCCGGGGCAGUAUGUAAGCGUGCCCAGCUGCGCGAUGACAAUGCUCAACAAGGAAGGACCGACAGCUUUUUUCAAAGGGUUUGUACCUUCCUUCCUGCGACUCGCCUCCUGGAACGUCAUUAUGUUUGUGUGCUUUGAGCAGCUGAAGCGUGAGCUGAUGAAGUCGAGGCAGCCCGUGGACUGUGCCACAUAA